AUGAAAUGGGACAUGAUACAGCGCGUCAUCGACGGCGGCAAGCACGACUGGGUCUGGUGGAUUGAUUUCGAUACGCUGUUUACGAACACGACGACCCGGGUUGAGGAUAUCAUACAUGACAGUUUAUCCAACGUUACUGCGCCGGAGGAGAUCGACGUUCUGCUCACCGACGACUGGUGCGUGUUGAGCUCGAGCUCGGAUAGAGAUGAGUCGAUGCGCGAUUACCUGAAACUGGAAGGACCGCUGACGAAGCAUGCGAUGAGGAUAUCACAGUAUAAAAUCAACGCAUUCCCUGAAGAGAUCCUGUGUAAUGACAAUUUGUCGAAGAGUUGGCAGAAGGCCAUGUUUGUGAUACAUUUUGCGGGGGCUUGGGCACAUGUGAAGGAGAAGGAUCCGACGGGGUUUUUGAUGCGGAAGUACGAGCGGGAGAUUAUUUGGGAUACGAAGUAG